AUACAGUGCUUUUAAAACUUAACUAUCAGCUGUUUUAAUACAGCAGCUAAUUUGCAAUUGUGCAGAAUAAAGUUAAGGCUUCGGCUUACAACUAUUACUUAAUUUUUAAAAUAUACAACUAUUGACCAAAAUAUAGAGUUAUAUAUGAAAACAGUAUAAAUACAAGUUACGUUAAAGUUUGCAAUGUAUACAGUGCCUGUGAUACCUCCUGAUCUACGUCAUGAAGAAACAAUCAUCCAAGCAGCCAUAGCGCUCAGUUGUCUACAAAAAACAAUAAAUUCUGUAUUUGACUGCAUUGAUAAUCGUACCCAACGCAAUAAUGCUAAAGUACAAGAGUUGAGUACGCGUAUUGAACGGGCACAAGCGAAAAUACGCAGUUUGGUAGGCACAAAAAAGGCAAUUAAAAUUUACGCUCCAGCUCGUUUUCCAUCAUCAAAAAUUUUUCAUGAUAUACCACAAACUUUCGGUAAUUCGGAAACAAUGUUGGAUGAACAUAUAAAUAAUCAAAAACAUGAAAAGGAAUUAAAUUAUGUAGUGCAUAGUCGCAUAGAUGCAGCUGCAACUCAAACGUUACAGGAAAAGUUGGUUUUCUUUCAUGUACGAUAUAAGGAUGUAAAUGAAUCAUUUCCGGGUAACACAGUAGCUAUCAACAGAGUUCAUGUAAACAAAAGUUCUGGUAUGGGAAUACUUCCGGAAAAAUUACGAUCGGUAUCCUCUUUGUUACAUUGCAAUGGUAAUGAAAUGGUUUACUGUGAGGAAAAUAGUGAAAAGGAGGCAUGGAAGAAAGCUAAGCUUUUUAAAUUACAACGUCAACGUCAAGAUAAUACCGAAAUUAAGCAACUUCUAGAUCCAGCGCCUUAUUCAUUAGCGCACCGCAAUCAAAAAUCCAAUUCUUUUGGCGGCCUUCGCUACACACCACGAUUGCAUGAAGCACCGGAAAUUGAUCUACCACUUGACUUGCCUGAUUUACCAGGUAUUGCUGAUGAUAUACAGUUUGAGGGUAAAGAGCAUCAGCAAAUCGCACCAUCUUUAUAUAUCGAAAACUUACCCGAUCUGGCUGAAUUAGAAGAGGCAUCUACAAUUGUGGCAAAUACUUCUAAUUCUAAUGAAGAACAGGGUAUUUUACAUGAACAUUCACCACAACCGCCUACAGCUAACUCAGUCACUGCUCCAACCACAAUAAAUGUACAACAAGUAUCAGUGGCACCAGCACCACCUCCACCGCCUCCACCACCUCCAUUACCUCCGCCACAUACAUUGACAACACCAACGCAACAUAGUGCUAAAAAAGAAACCUCGAAUUUACAAAACACGAAUACCGAUAAUGCUCGAACUGAAUUAAUGGAUGCUAUACGCAAAGCGGGUGGUGCACGUGGUGGACGGUUACGUGCUGCAGCUGCUGCUCCGGUUGAUGUGGUCGAUACUAAAUUAGGCAUCAAAAAUAGUGAAAUCAAAUCUAUAACAAACAAAAGUGGUGGAGGAGAUCUCAUGGCUGAUUUACACAAUAAAUUAUUAAUGCGACGUAAGGGCAUUUCAGGGACAAAAGACAAGGAAAAUAGUAACACUACUAAUGCUGUAAGCAAAGGAGUAACAAGUUCGACCGAUAAUUCAGUUAUGUCCCGUUUAUCAGCGCUAAUACCACCACCCACCGGGCGUAAAAACUCUGAUGAUGGUGAUGAUACCCACGACGAGGACAACGAUACCGAUUGGGUGGAAUAGCAGUGGCUUAAAUGUAUUAAAAAUUCUGUCACGUGCGAUGCGUAAUAGAGUUGAGAUCCUUCACUGCAGAGAUUUGAAGCUAAUUUCAGACCGCUUGUGCCUACGUUUAAAUUACUCAAUUGUAGAAA